AUGAAGGUAGGUGAACUAGGCAAACAUUGGUUUGUUAAACCUAAAACACAUUUUUCCGAUGUGCAUGGCAGAAAGUGUGCAUGUUUGGACAGAUGGAAUGGCAAUGUAGCUCAAUUGGAACUUUCAACGAAGAGCGGCUCCAGAAUAACCGGAGAAAACCAAAGCGACAUCACCACUGGUGAUGAAACUGAUAAUGGGGCCACUAACAACUUCGCUCCGAAUAGCGGCAUUUUUAAAAGCCCUCUUUGUGACGCAUCAAACGAGGUGGGAAAAAAAACGGUGAAAAGACACUCCUCCAAAGUGAAUACCUUACAAAAAGACGGCUUCACAAAAAAGCACCCCCCCACCGAGGGAACCACACCAGAUAACACCGCUACCUACGCGAAAAACACAGAGAAAGACCCCUUGUCCAUUUUUAAAACCGAAUCGGAUAAAAUUUUAGAACACAUUAAAAAAUGGAAAAUGAAGAGAUCGGUCUUUUCCAAAAAGGUUCACAUGCCUGACGAUGUCGGCGGUUGGAAGGCCCCUUCUCCAGGCGUGAAGGAAGUCUCCCCAAAUUAUUCGAACCUCCUUAGGGACAAAAAAAGAAAGAAAAAAAAAACAGAUAUGUGUGGAACAUUGCAAAAAAAAUUCGACAACUUCAAUAGUGGUGAGCGGGCCCAUGGCAACUAUACGAAUGGUGAAAAAAAUGACUCUCCAAAAAAUGAGGCACACAUUAAAGGCAAGACAGCUGAAGGGGGAACAUCCCAUACAAUGGCAACCUCCUAUAAUGAUAAGGUAAAAAAAAACUAUCUAAAAAGCGAAGAAAUUCGUUUCAGUCAAAAGGGAUCUUGUAAUUUCAACCAGCUGGGGGAGUCCCACAUUGUAAGUGGCCUCACCAUGGAGCGAAAACUGACCAUCCCUACAAACAUACCUAACACAGAAGGGUUAUACCAGAACGAGCAAAUUAACCAACGUAAGAAGAGAAAAAUUGACACCCAAAGUAACAGAAAUGCAUUAAUUAGCAGAACGGGCAACUGCAAAGAAGUGUUGAGUAGCCUUGCCGCUUUACGUCUGAAGGACGGCUCAGAAAAUGACGCCCCUCAUUCGAGCCAAAUAAGGAUCAAUCAAGUGAACUGUGCCGACCUACCCAAAGGGCAUAACAAAGACGCAGCUUUUAAAAGCGAUUUAAAAUGGGAAAAUUAUAUUCCAACUAGCAAAAGUGCAGACAAAAAAGGAUCUGCUAAGUCAGCAAAGCAUAGCCAUAACUUUUACGAAGCGGAUGGACGAAAAGCAAACGCUAAAGGGUUCUCCACCCCACCUAACAAUCUAAACAAUGCCAAAAAGGUUACCAAAAUAGGCAAUUCACAAAAUGUUCAUCAUAGCGCUACCGAAAUGUUAAACUCGGGAGAACGCGCCAUUGCAAAGAGAAGCAUACAGAAUGAACGUAGAGAAUCCAAAACUGUAAAAAGUGAAAAUAAAAAAGCCCUAACCGAUCGGAAGGUGAAAUGCGAGCUAGGAAAAAGUAGCCCUCACUCACCAGAAGAAGCUGCUAAGGAGACCCCACGAAUCAAUCAAACAAAAUAUAUGGACAACUGUGCCAUUACUACAGAGAAAAAGAGGGGGGACGAAACAUCCAGAAAAACCACAACUCGUAUGACCCACUUAGGGGAGACACCUAAGUCCAAUUUGGAAAAAAGACCCAAUCAUAAUACCAAUCUAAGAAACGAGGAAAACACCUUCGGAGAGGCCAACUCAACAAAAAGGGGAAUCCCCAACGGGUUAAUCAACUUGCCUAAAACGAACAUGCUAACCCGAUCAAAUAGGACAAACGAAUCAGAACAAAUGGGACAAAUUAAACAAAUGGCUAACACAUGCAAAACGGCAUGUUUUACUAAUAAAAAUGUACAUGAAAAAACGCGGGAAAAAAAUAACCAAAGGGAGAUGAACAAAGCGAAGCCUACAAUAAAUGACACAGCCGUCCAACCCUUUUGGGAUGAAAAGAAAAAAUUAGGGGAAAGGAAAAACGCACGUCAACCACCAAGCAAGUCAACCCAAAUGGACACCAAUAAAAACACAAAAAUGAUUUUUAGCUCCAGCAUUACAGAAGCACCAAUUUAUAACCAGCAUGGCACAAAUUUAAAGGUGCCUGAAGGAAUGACGGAUGGGCACAACCAUGCCAGUGGAGAGCCAGAAAUUUUUUCGCAUGAGAACCAUUCACCAUGUAGCAGCGGAAGGACAGGAUAUGCAAGCUCCGUGUCAUCACCCGGGAACAAUUCUAGUGAGUGUCCCCUCAUGGACGAAGGAAGAAAGGAGACACGCUCGCCGAAACGUUCAAAUUAUAAAAGCCAGGAAAGUCUCCUAUACGAACUGAUACACACAAAAGACAAUAAAAGGAGAAUUAAACAAUUUAUUGAGCAAUCUGAGGGGAAACAAAACGCAUGCAAAAUUUUUUGCAGCGAAGAUCCUCCGAAUAAAAGUGGAACAAUUGAAGCAAACACUAACGCUGUCAAUGUGAAGACAACUCGGAUGAAUGCCCCUCCGGGGAACUGUCCCAACGAAGUGGCACCAAAUGACCAGCAAGACAAAUCGCAGAAAAGCACUUCAAAUGGUCAAAAAGACCACCUAAGAAAAAGCCACGAAACUUUGCUAUACGAAUUAAUCAACGCGAAUGAUAACAAAAGGAGGAUUAAACAGUUUAUUGAAAAAUCAGAGCAGCUGGAAAAGGAAGACCAACACGCAGGUGGUAAAUUUUCCACCCAUAUAUGCAGUACAGGUAGGAGCACCAAUAAGGUAAAGCCACCUAACGAGAUAGCCGACCAAUUUACUAGUGGUAGGAAGACUCCCCAGGAAGGCGACGCUCAAAAGAAGGGCCAACAGAUAGGUACACCCGUCGAAAGGUGUCCCAACCGGGGCGAAAAGGAAAAACGUAUCCAUUUAUCCGCAUCGGGACAAAUUAAACGCCACGGAGGGAACCAGGAAAGACGCCGCGAAGGGGAGCACGAACGGAAGCACGAAAGUCUGCUGUACGAACUGCUAAACAAAAAGGAUAACAGAGAGAAAAUUAUAAAUUUCCUGAAACGGUCUAGCGGACAAGAGAGCAGUCCCCGGUUCAGGGAAACCGUUAAAAUUAUGCCACGCAGAUUGGAGGCCCCACCUCCAUUGCCCUCCCAUUCAAGCAGUGCAAAGGCACCUACGGCGAAAUGUAUUCUGCCCAAAUGGAAAUUCACUCGAGCAUGCAAAACAGUGGCAAGCAAAAACGCUCCAAAGUACCCAAUUUUGAGAAAGUACCACAAUACAUAUGCAUCUCAGAACAAAAUGAAGGCAGUGGCGACUAAAACGCAAAGUGCGAAAGAAAUUAAGCAAACAGAGAGCAGCACAGCGAAUGAAAAAAUUAGAAAUGGAUACAAAUUGAUGGCAAAUAAAAAAGGGGAGACAAAACUGCCUCAUGUGCAAAGCUUUGAUGCACCACAGCAGGUAAGCAGUAGGAACCCCCUCGAUAGAGACACCAACAAAGGGAAGGAUACCCAGAGGAGGCAAAUUAUUACACCAAAAAGAGGAGAAAGGGACUAUUUAACUUCCGCGAAAUUGAAAAGUGGGACCACCAAACAUCACCUUCCGAAACGUCCCAAAGGUAUAACUAUCAAACCAGUCCAUGUGAAAGACAAAAAUGAAAGCAAGAAAAAUAUUCAUUCUAACACCUUGACCAUUAAAAAGAGUGUGGACAACAGACCAAUCAAACGCACACAUGCAGAAGCUGCGUCGAAAGGACCUGUCCCUUCGCACGUGCAAAAAGGCCAAUCCAAAAUGGAGAACAGUCAUAGAACAGCUACCAUCCAGGUAAAAGUAAAAAAAUGUCCCUCCAUUCAGCAGGCUAUCCCUAGUCAAAGUGAGCAAAAAACGAAAGGGGAAGUUCCACAGGAACAAAAAAACAGCAAAGAAGUCGCAGAAAAAACACUUCAAAGGGACAAAAAACAAAGUGUCCAAAAAGGAACCAUAAAAAAGGACCAUACUAAACAUAAAGUUAGCACCACCACAGGUAGAGGGGAAAAAAAAAGAAAGUUACUCUCUAGCGCAGAAGUUAACACAAGGGUUAAAGCAAGGAAGCUGCAAAUCGAUAUGAUUCCCAAGAAAAUCAGCAAAAAAUUGAUAUACACAAACUGGGGGGACAAAUUUGAGCAGAAUGGCCAAAGUGGCACUAAUGAAGAAGGGGAAAUAGUUAACUGUUCUUCUAAUGUGAAAGUAGCGACCUGCAGAGGAACGACCCCCUCAGUGGUGAACCCACUUAAAAAGCUAAAUACAGAAUGUACCCAUAUAUUACUAGGAAAGAUAAGCAAAACACACUUCACCAAUGCAAAGGAAGAGGCCACAUUUUGCAUGUUUAACAAAGACGCCCAAAACAAUUCCCCCAAUAAAGAAACCCAAAUGAGCUUCUCCCUUUACGUAAGCACACCUAUUGUGAACCCUCCUGUGGGACAACACCUCUUUAGGGCACUCUCGAACAGGAUGCACAACCUGCUAACCACUGCUCACCUGAACGAAGUCCUCCCCUUUGAUGAAUUAAAAAAGAAAAAACUAGCAAAAAAACAGGACAGUAUAUCACAUGAAGGGGAAUAUACCUAUCCCUCAUCAGCAGCAGAAGCAAUCACAAAAAUGAAAACAAUGCUUUCCAUUCAUUUCUACAAAACGGAAUGGACCAACUGUGUAAAAAAAUGGACCACCAUGACGGUUCAAUAUUUAGAGAUCUACCACUGGAGUGGUAAGAAGUCUAACCGGGUGGUGAUGCACAGGCAAACAAUUUGCCUUAACAGGGUGGAAGAGGUCAAACUAAUGCACCCAGUGAAACUGCACCUAGCAAACGUAGACGCUUCUACAAAGGAAGAAUGCAAAGAACCUUCAACAUGGCUUCAAGCAGAAGUGCAAUCGAAUCAAUACACUACAGGGAGAGUAAAAAACGAAGACUUUAAUGUGGAGAGCAUGGGAUGGGAAAAUCAAAUUUCCCACAGAACGAUAUUCCUUACAGAUCUGCUUCUAAAAUGUACCAUAAACAGGAUUAUCAUGUCAAGAGAAGAGGGGAAAGAAGGAAAAAAAAAAGAGCAACUCAAAUGGUCACACUACCUAGCCGCAGCAGGAUCAACAAAACCGACUUGCACGCAGAGGACCAUACCAAACAGAACCUUCACUGCAGGUUCAAUGAAACCCAUCGGAGGUAGACACCUAUGCACAUGGGAACUUCCCAGAAUAGGGAAAAACAUCCCAUUUGAAGAAUCAAAAAGGAAGAUAGCUCCUGCAAAAUGUAGUGUAAUGGAUUAUCAAAUUACAACACUCGAUAUGGACAAUAAGCUUGCUUCAGAUAAGGCCCAGACAAAAGAGAUGUGCGCUAACGUAGAAAGAAAAAGAAAUAAGCUUGUGUUGGCGAAAAGAAAAAAUUAUGAACUGGGGGGUGUUAUUCCCCUGGUGCAGGAAGAGACAGACGCGCGAAUCACAACGCAGGGGGGGUUGCCCCAUGUUGAUGAUGAAAAAGGCAGAAUGGCAUGCCUCACAGACGGGAAUAUAAAAGAUACGAAAAAAGAUGUACCUACCAUAAAAAGGAUUAUACGUGAAGGAUUCGCUGAAGGUAAAGGAACGCUAAUAAUUGAAGACCUAAAAAAGGGAUCUCAACAAAUAGAAACUGGGACCCCGGUUCAGUUACGAAGUGGGAUCCCAUUCGAGUUGCAAAAUGGGGACCAGGUUCAGUUACAAAGUGGGAACCCAGUUCAGUUACAAAAUGGGGACCCAACUCAGCUACCACACUCGAACGAUAAAAGAACCACAAACCAAACCACGCAACCACCCAGCGGAGACAUCGAAAAAGAGAUAUUCACAAUCAAACAACUAAUUAAGGAAAUUCUCACAGAAAUGAAAAACGGACUUGUAAAAGAAGCGAAAACGAAGAAAUCGAAAAAUUCCAAGAGGGAAAAAUCGAGGCUUAAAGAAGUUAACAGAAAUGCAGGCAUCAAAAACGUCAAUAAAAGGGGUUCAAAACAGAAAAAGGGAAAGGACAUCUUCAUUGAAAAGGUAAAAGAGAAAGACAUAAAUGUUACUGCCUCAGUUCGCAGAAUGGAACCUUCCAGUUUGGAAGUGGAACGCGUAAUGAAUGCGCUGGAAAAGGGCUGUGUAAUGGGGAUAUCAAUCGAGGAAUAUGUAGAAUCGUCUACUCGUGAAGUUACAUCAGUGUCGGAUGUAAGCGGGGAAAGUGAAGUCCUGGUGGGAGCUGAGUUAAGUGGCGCUGACGACGCCAUGAUGCUGGAAGAUGUGCUUUUCCGAAACUAUGUUAUUGUGGGACAGGCUGUUAGUGACGAAACCGUCGCUACGAUGGUGGAGGGCGUACACGACCAAGGCAAUGUUAUGCUGAUGGAAAAUGCAAGUGGGCACUUGGACGUCGUGGUGGUGGACGACGCAAGUAGGGAAAUUCUCCCAAUGAUGGUGGAGGAAGCAAGUAGGGAAAGUUUCCCCAUGAUGGAGGAUGAAGAUAGAGAAAUUUUCCCCAUGAUGGAUAACGUAGGUAGGGAAAGUUUCCCCAUGAUGGUAGAAGACGAUGGUAGGGAUAUUCUCCCCAUGAUGGUGGAGGAAGCAAGUAUGGAAAUCUUCCCCAUGAUCGAGGACGCAAGUGGGGAAAUCCUCCCCAUGAUGGUGGAGGAUGUAUGUGGCGAAAUCUUCCCCAUGCUGGUAAAUACACCCUGUCAAACUGCCGCUCCCCCAGUGGACGAUCGGCAGCGCCAAAUCGAAGUGGCAGACCCCGUGGAUGAGCUCAUCAGCGAGUUGGAGGACGACGAACCAAGCGGCGAAAACAAAGAGGAAGAUACACCUUGUAGGGAUGCAAAACGGGAAGAAAUACGACAAGAAAUUAAAAAGUUAAUUGAAAUGGUAAAAGAGCUCAAACGAGAAUAUACGAAAGAAAUGCAAAAGGAUUGUUCACAAAAUGAUAGGGAAAAGGAAAAAUGGAUGAUAACAUACUCGGGUGAGGAGAAUGGGAAGACACAAAUGAUAGACCUUCCCUUUGCCGAGGAAGGGGCCAUGUUAGAAGACUCACCAACUGACAUUUUAACCUUUCAAAUGGAGGGCGAAAAAACAGAAAAGGAAUUUCAAAAUGGGAUGAUAAAAGAUCGCGAAGGGGAAGAGUCUUACCAACCGGAUAUGAACAAAAUAGCAACCACACCGCCUGAACAAAUAAACCUAAAACAAAAGAAAAAAAGUUGCAACGAUUUGGACAUUGCCCAGGGGGAUAACGCCACUACACACUCUUCAAGGCAAGCAUGUACCAAAAAAAAAAACAGAUUCAACGAAAGGGUUAAACUAAAACUGAUGAUGCGAGAGAGCCUUAAAAUGGGCAAUUCGAACGAGGCAAAAAUGAAGGAGAGGAAAGAAAAAGAAAAACUGAAGCAAAUUAUAAAAGAUAUUUUAAACGCGGAAACGAUUAGGAGAUUUCUUAACGAUCGGGCUGCUGAAAAUGAUUUACACGAGGACCCAAGGAGAAGCUCGCCUCAUGUGAGAGCAGAAGGGGAGUGUGUGAACGUGUGCGGUGUAAAUCCCUUAGGCGCUAACCCCCCCUCGCAAAAUGCUCAAAAAUUCCAACUCGGCGAGGACAUUUGUGACAAAGUCGACCUGCGCACCCCAAACGAUGCCUGCGGUGAGAGACCCGUGAAGGGGAAAGAAAGCGCAAAGGAAGAAAUACCAAAUGACUAUUCCAGCGCAAAAUUAGAAAGAAGCGAAAAAAUAAAGAAACUUAUGAGCAGCAAAAGGGUGACAUUAAACGAAAAUUUAGCCAUGAAAAGAGCAUUUUUCAAUGCGCGGAAAAAGCCCAGCAGGGAAAACAUUGCCGAUGAUUUCUUCUGUUAA